AUGAAAGCUCUGGUCGACAUGUUUUUGUUCCUGUUCAAAUCCAAAUACCGACGGAAACGGACGGCGACAGCUGCUGCAGCAGCGGAUCUCGCUCUGCUGGCGUUAGUCCUGGCGUCCGUGGCGUAUUGCGAACCGGAAUCGUGCAAAGACGUCGAGUGCGUGAACGGUGUCUGCUUGAAUGGGACGUGCCUGUGUCAUGACGGAUGGCAAGGGAAACUGUGCCAGUACUGCGGAGGCAAAGUCAAAUUGAAUGGAACUUCUGGUUAUAUAUCUGAUGGUAUUGGUAAUUACUCAACUGAUGUGAAGUGUAGCUGGUUAAUAGAAGCAGGAAAUUCUACAAACUCCACAAUAAGACUGCAUUUUGAAGAAUUCAUUACUGAGUGUGGUUGGGACCAUUUAUAUAUAUAUGAUGGGGACAGUGUUCAUUCUCCACUUCUUGGUGUUUACAGUGGCCUUAUGUACUCAAAAGACUACUCAUUGCACAGUGUACCAGAAAUAGUUGCUCAUUCCGGAUUUGUUUUAUUACAUUUUUAUAGUGAUAUUGCUUAUAAUUUGUCUGGAUUUAAUAUUAGUUACAGUUUAAACACAUGUCCAAGUACAACUUCUUCUAAAGAAUGUUCAGGGCAUGGUAUUUGUAUAGACUCUGUAUGUACUUGUGAUGCCCAAUUUACUGGUGAAGCUUGCCAUAUUCCAAUUUGUCCAAAUAAGUGCACAGCCAGUAAUGGAGUAUGUGAUCAAGAACAGCAUCGCUGUAUCUGCAAUCCAAAAUAUAAAGGUGAUGACUGUAGUCAAGUAGCUGAACAUGGUUACUGGGAAGUAAUUAAGACUAAUGAUUUUAUUCCCCAAGGAUCUGCUUCUCACACUGCUGUUGUGUGGCAAGAUUCUAUGUAUAUUGUUGGGGGUGAGUCUUUUAAAAAAGGACACAUGCUGUAUGUUUAUGAUUUCAAUGGUCAUGUGUGGGAAACUCCUCAUGUAAUAAGCAAAACAGCACCGACUAUACGAUAUGGACAUUCUUCUGUGCUAUUUGGUGAUAAAAUUUAUGUUUAUGGCGGUGUUAAAGAAGAUGGAGUAGUCUGUAAUGAAUUGUGGGCGUAUGAUAUAAGUGCAAAAUCCUGGGAAAAUGUCACAGUUAAUACUGGAUCAUGUGAAAGCACUCUUAUGCAUAUCGGUUUCACAAAUCAAGAUUUAUGUGGACCAUUACGUAGUGCUGGGCAUACAGCAACAUUGGUACCACCUUCAAUUAUAUCACCGUCAACUUCAUCUGGAUCUGGUGGUAAAUUAGUGACAGAAAGAAUGAUUGUUUUAUUUGGUCAUUCCCCUACUUAUGGAUUUUUGAAUUUUGUUCAAGAAUAUUAUUUUGGCACUAGAGAAUGGGCAGUUGUUAAAACUAAAGGUUAUCCAGUGAAGGGUGGUUAUGGUCAUAGUGCAGUUUGGGAUUUUGUAACUGAACGCAUUCUUGUAUAUGGUGGUUAUGUGUCCAUGAGCCCUCUGCAGUCAGCUUUGUCCUCAAAUCUUUAUGCUUAUGAUCCUUAUACUCAUACAUGGUAUCUUAUGAGUAAUGGUCCUAGUGGAAGAUUUCUGCAUAGUGGUUCAAUGCUAGAACCUCUUGGAGGUUUAAUGUUGAUUUAUGGUGGAAAUAUACAUAAUGAAACUGGAAUAAAUUUGGUACCAUCUAGUGGUCAGUGUUAUACUGCACAGCCAUUGUUGUAUGACACUUAUUGUGAUUCUUGGACACAAAUGACAUUGCCUUCCAACUUGUUCACUAGUCUGAUGCGAUUUGGACAUUCUGCAAUAACAUUUGAAAAAUCCAUGUAUAUCUAUGGUGGUUUCAAUGGUCAAAUGCUUAAUGAUAUUCUCAAAUUUACUCCUGGAAAUUGUUCAUCAAAUAACAUGAUUACUAAUUGUUUAAACAGUCGUCAUUUUGGAGUCAAAUGUAUGUGGGAUAAUGAAAAAGGUAUCUGUUUACCAUUUUCUGAAAUCCCACCAACAACACCUUCUUUAGAUUUUGAAAUGACAUAUAGUCGUUGUCCAGAAGAAAGUAAGUCUCAAGUCAGAGAAAUAUAUAUUCAGUGUAAUCAUCAAACUACUUGUGAAUCAUGUGUCCAUACUCAUCGUUGCGGCUGGUGCCCUUUGUCAAACUCCUGUGUUCAUGAUAUUGAACAGUGCACUGCAAAUAAAGAAGAUAUUCCAUACAGCAUAGAGCGUCCUAUAACAUCUGGUUAUCAAUGCAUAAAAGACAAUACUGAUAUACGUUGCAAUCAUCUUCAUUCUUGUCAGUCUUGUGUUACACAUACAGGAUGUUUUUGGGAUUCUAAACUUGAUGUUCACAUGUGUAGACCAAACAACUAUUCCAUACCUUAUGAAUUGAAAUCACCAGUUGUAUGCGAGAGUAUUUGUGACCAUUAUACUGAGUGUACAAAUUGCACAAAAGAUGAAUGCAUUUGGUGUCAAAAUAAUGAACGAUGCAUUGAUAAGAAUGCGUAUACAUCUUCAUUUCCUUAUGGUCAGUGCAGAGAAUGGACAACAGAUGCACACCGCUGUCGAGCUUCUCCUGGAAAUUCACAAUGUAACUACUACAAGACUUGCGUGGAUUGCCGAGACGAUCCAGAAUGUGGUUGGUGUGAUGAUGGGUCUGGCACCGGUUUAGGAUCAUGUAUGGCGGGGGGAAACACCCCGCCACAGUCGUGUUCUCAAAAUAAAUGGUAUUUCACACACUGCCCGACUUGCCAGUGCAACGGCCACAGCACUUGCAUGAACAAUACUGAUGUGUGCAUACACCCAUGUUCAAAUAACACAGAAGGCCAAAACUGCGAGACGUGCAUCAAGGGUUUCUACGGGAACCCAGUCAACGGCGGUGAAUGUAAAGAAUGCCGGUGCAACAACCAGGGUAAUCAUUGCAAUCAAGAGAAUGGUAAAUGCUAUUGUACGACAAAGGGGAUAAUCGGAGACAAUUGUGAAAAAUGUGACACGAACAAUCAUUAUCUAGGAGAUCCGUCAAAUCACGGUUCCUGUUUUUACGAUCUGACUAUCGACUAUCAGUUCACGUUCAAUCUGUCAAAAAAAGACGAUCUGAGGUUCACUCAAAUCAAUUUUCAGAAUUCCCCGUCAAAAUCUGAUGUGGACGCCGAUUUUAGCAUCACCUGUUCGGUGAUGGCCAAAAUGAACAUCACCGUCCGUUCAGCUUAUGGUCCGGAAAAGAUGCUUAUGCCAUUACAAAACUGCACCAAUUUCCGAACAAGAUUUUUAAAAUCUGAAUACAUGUUUGGUACUGACAGUAACAUGUCGUUAACUACAUUUUACGUUUAUGUUUAUGAUUUUAAGCCUCCUCUCUGGAUACAAAUAUCUUUCUCACAAUAUCCCAAACUGAAUCUUCAACAGUUUUUCAUCACAUUUUCGUCAUGUUUUUUAUUAUUACUAUUGGUGGCUGCCAUACUAUGGAAACUCAAACAGAAAUAUGAUAUGUAUCGAAGAAGACAGAGAAUGUUUGUGGAAAUGGAACAAAUGGCUAGUAGACCAUUUUCUGUGGUUGAAAUGGAAAUAGAAAAACGAAAUACUGUGCAUGGUAAUCAAAUACCAACGAUUUCUGUUUCAAAUAAUUUGAGGAAACGCAAAAUUGAUGUACCAAAUCCUGUGGCUUUAGAACCAUGCGCUGGGAAUAAAGCGGCUGUACUUACGUUGUUGGUUAGACAGCCAACUGGCAAUGAUAGAUACACACCUCAUGGAUACUCAGGCCUAGCAAUAGCCUCUGCUCUAGUGGUGGUAGGCAACGUUCAGCAAUCCAAGACUAAUGGAAUUGACAAUGGUAGUUCUCCAUUACCGGGUAAAGAAGAUGUCCGUUGGACAGGCAGAGGCUUGAAAGCCAGUCAACAUCCGAGCGAAGCACGCAUUUAAAACACCUACAUAAUAGUAUAAUGAUAUUAAUGGCUUUCCUCUCCACUGGCGGCGGUGGCAAUUUUUCUUUUCUCGGUAUUACACGUAAUAUAAUAAUUAUAUUGUAUAAAAAAAAACCUAUGUAACUUUAUAAUAUUAUAUAUAGUCUAACCUGAUAAGACUGAUGAGAUCGUAUACACUUGAUGGUAUGCGGUGCAUUUAUGUAUUAUUACUACUACCCACUAAAAUACUACUAUACUACUAACCACUAUUAAAAUGCUUGGCAGUAGCUUAAAUUUAUUUCAUAUUUUAAUAUCUUUAUCGAAUCUCUCCUUAUGCUCAUUUUUCCUUUAUUUGACCAUUUGCCCUUCUCCUCAUAUCCUUGUUUAUUUAUCGAUACAUACACAUUCUCACUUAGCUUACUCAUAUAAUUUUCUCCUCGCUUGCCCAUACACAUUCCUAUAUACAUAUUACAUAUAAUUAUUAUUACUAUCGUAAUUAUUGUUACUUGCACCGAAAUAGUAUUAUUAUAUAUUAGAUAAGGCUUUUUCGUCGUAUUGUGUUGUCAUGUGUACCUUUAAAAAUACCAGUUUAUUUCAUAAUGUUUAAUUAUCUUGUGUAAUAUUGUGUAUGUAUGAUCUUAAUUACUAUGUAAAUUGGAAUCAUCUAAAUGCUAAAUUAUGAUUAUGAUUUCUAAUUUUCGCUUAUUGAUCAUUUACAAGACUUGUACUUAAGAUUUUGGUAAGACAUGUCAAAGUAAUCUGGUGUUGUCUGUGUUUCAUUAUGCUUUGCACACAUAAAUGUACAAUCGACCAACACAUGCGCGUGCACACACACACACAGUAUGUAUCUUUUGUCAGCAUUUUCAUUUAUUCUAUCGUAGGGGGAACUAUACUUCUAUAAUAUAUAAUAUAUGCAUACAACAAAAUUGGUAGUAUAUCUUUUAUAGCUAACUAGAUAAUUUUUUUUUGUCUCCCGUCGCCAUUGAGACAAAUCGAUUCGAAAAAUAUUGUGUCGGGGACACACAAUCGCAAUUCAUAUUCAUUUCCAAACAUGAUAUUAUUUGAAUAUAUAUGAUACAGUACACAUAUAAGUGGUUUUUCCAUGGCUUGUUGAUCCUUUCAUAUUAAUUGAAUCUUUUUUCUGCCCUAUUAUUUUAAUUUUCUUGUGGUAACAUGUUACGAUUACCACAUAUGAGUAAAUGAAGAGACCUAAUUAAAAAUUAUUUGUCCAUCAUAUUGAUUAUUGUGUAUAAUAUAAUAUAUUAUGUAUACUAUGACCUCGGUGAUGAUGAUACUAUGCGUAAUUGUUUAAAACGUUUUUUAUCAUUUUAGGUAGAUUAUACUAAUUUUUAUAUGGCAUAAAAAAUGUUAACA